CUCGGCUUGUUCCGCACUGCUGAUUUGAGCGCUUCGGCUCUGCUUUAUGAAACAUCUCUAUCGAGUACAGUGUAAAAUGUUGUGACUGCUUAAGGAAUCACUGAAAACAUGGCACAUUUGGGAAUCCAGUCUGUUGUCGUGGGACUCUGUUUGUUCGGAGUAGUGAGAAGUCAGACUACUCUCACCCCAGCUGUGACCACAACCACCAUCACUGAGAACGUGACCACCAUCACGGUUAAUUGGAGUAUGUCCUCAACCACCCCUAUCAUGCUCAGCACCACUACACCUGGCUGCUCGAACUUGAACAUCUCUAGUUGUGAGGCCUGUGCACCAGGCACCUACUAUGACAAUGAGACGUUACUGUGUUCAUGUUGUCCGGAGCCUGGGCUGUGUAUUUUCCCCAGAGGCUGUCGUUCCUGCUCAUUGGGCUUUUAUCAACCGCUAGCAGGCCAGAAGACAUGUCUUCCCUGCACACCAGGCUUCUACUCUAAUCUCACAGGGAGCCCUGUGUGUCAGGCCUGUCCUGCUGGUUCUUAUACUAAUGAAAGUAGUGCAGUGUCAUGUCAGGCCUGUGCUCCAGGUUUUUAUGCAUCCACACAGAAUGCCACCAACUGUAACCAAUGUCCGGAGGGUACAUACUGCAACUCCUCCAGUUGUGCUCAAUGCCAAAUGUGUCCUUCCGGCUCUGAAGCCCUACAGACUGGCAGCAUGCAGUGUUCCCCCUGUCGCCCAGGCAUGUACAAGACCUCCCACCAGAAAAUGUGCCAGAUCUGCAGCAGCGGAUUCUAUCAGGUCCAAUGGGGCCAGGAGAACUGUGACGUCUGCCCUGAAGAUCACUACUGCCCAAGUCCUGAUGUUAAUCCAAUUCAGUGCCCUAGUGAUGCGUUUUGCCCCGAGGGCAGCACUGCUCCAGGUUAUUGCAUGGAGACUUUCUUCAGGAAGGCUGGAGACACGUGCGAACUUUCUCCUCUCACCAUAGCUCUAAUUGUCAUUGGAGGAGGAUUGUUUCUUCUGUUUAUUUCCCUACUGGUUUUUCGUCGGAGGAGGGAUACAGACGGUGAACUGUCUCUCUCUCGUGCCCCACUUCUGCGGAAGGACCGUCCUUCUCGCCAGGUGUAUGGAGUCCCGUGUGAUGCAGAUCCUGUGUAUGCAGGGUGGUGACACAAUGGCAAUGCACAGACCAAAAACAAACUCAAAAUCCUUUCAAGCUAUUGCAAACUCAGAAAUUCUACUGAAUACCUGACAAAAUAUUUGCACCUUUCUGAUGUUCAUAGUUCCUAGAUGUUUUCAGUUGCCUGGGUUUUUUAUAUGUGCACUCUGACAAAUCAAACUGUCUUCUGUCAACUGUCAACAAAUGAUGUUGUUCACUUCUGUACACUGCACACUGGCUGAAUGAAUGCAAAGGAGUAUCAUUGUAGAUGUUUGUGUUUAUCUUCUUUUUAACAAGGUCAGUUGGGACACAUCUGACAGUGAGAAUACAAUGAGAAACAUGUAUUGUUUAGUUAUAGCACUGGUCUUUAAUAUGUUGUAUAGUGAGGAUUUGGAUAAUUCUGGACUCUUCCAGUUGCCUGUAAGAUUGUAUUUAUUUACUUGAGCCUCUUUAUAUUUUAUUACAUAUGGUACAUAAGGAACUGUUUAUGGAAAGAACUGUAUAAGGAACUGUUUAUGGAAUCUGUAAUCUUUUCAUUAUUUAAAAGAUUAAUGUCAUUUUGAAACUUUUAAAAGAAACACAAAUGGCCUUGGCUAGAAAAUAAACUUUGCACAAGUUUCAAAUGAA